UGAUAAGCAGAAACACGGCUUUGCGGCUGGAGGAGGCGAGCGGCGCUUUUCCAGGCACGAUGCGGGUUUUUAUUUGCGUUUUAAUUGUAUCUUUGGCGUCACCCGCGGCGACACAAGUGCAGUCUGCAGUACUAAACACGCAAACCGGGAAACUGGACAUUAAAGAGGGAUUUCAACCGGACUUCGUUGCUUUCGCGAACUUCACAGAUGACAUCCGUAAUACCGGUUGGUCGUACCUGGAGGUUGUUACGAACGGCACGUACAAUGACACGAUGCAAGCUUAUGGUGCGGGAGUUGUGGAGUCUGCGGUCACUUCUCAGCUGAUCUAUAAGCACUGGGUGAACACACUGAUAGGGUACUGUGGCCCGUUUAAGUACGAUGAAGGCUACUGCCGCCGUCUGAAAAAAUAUAUUACAGACAACCUGCAAUGGGUGGCAGAGCAAAUCGAGAAGAACCCAGACUCACCAUACUGGUAUCAGGUCCACUUGUCUCUGCUGCAGCUGCAAGGUUUGGAAGACGGCUACAACGGGCAGGUGACUUCUCCUGGGAAGCUCUCGUUUAAUCCCUUAGGCUUUCUACUUUUCCAGAUGGGUGGAGACUUGGAGGAUUUGGAGGCUGCCUUAAACAAAUCCAGCCAAUCACGUGCAGUGGGCUCUGGCUCUUGCUCUGCUCUAAUCAAGCUUUUGCCAGGAAACAAAGAGCUGCUUGUGUCACAUGACACAUGGAACAACUAUCAGGCCAUGCUGAGGAUCAUGAAGAAGUACAACUUUUCAUUCCGCAUGUCUCCGAAAGAUGAGUCAUUGAUUCCUGGAGGCACUCAAGCUUUUUCCUCUUACCCCGGUUCCAUCUUCUCAGGAGAUGACUUCUACAUCCUCAGCAGCGGCCUGGUUACUUUGGAAACCACCAUUGGUAACAGUAACCCUGACUUGUGGAAGUUUGUAAUGCCCCAGGGUGCAGUCAUGGAGUGGCUAAGAAACAUAGUGGCCAACAGGCUUGCUCGAAAAGGCAAAGAGUGGGCAGACAUUUUCAGCCAGUACAACAGUGGAACGUACAACAACCAGUGGAUGAUAGUUGACUAUAAGAAUUUCAUUCCAGGGAAACCCAGUAUUAAGGAAGGAUUAUUUACUGUUCUCGAGCAAAUACCAGGGAUGAUCCAGAUUGCAGAUAAAACUCAGGAGCUCUAUAUGACCGGCUACUGGGCCAGCUACAAUAUCCCGUAUUUUGAGGAGGUGUUUAACGCAAGUGGUGGCGAGGAUCUGGUGAAGAAGUAUGGCUCAUGGUUCUCCUACAGUGAGAAUCCGAGGGCUCAGAUAUUCCGUCGGAACCAAACCCUGGUCACUGAUAUGGAAUCCAUGGUGCGAUUGAUGAGAUAUAACAACUUUAAGAAUGAUCCCUUAUCAGAAUGUGAGGGCUGUGAUCCUCCUCAUAACGGUGAGAAUGCAAUCUCUGCGCGCUCCGAUCUGAACCCAGCGAAUGGCACGUACCCUUUUGGAGCUCUGAGACAGAGACCUCAUGGUGGCACUGACAUGAAGGUGACCUCCUAUGGCUUGUUCAAGCAAUACGAGUUGCUGGCAGUCAGUGGGCCUACAUGGGACGAGGUCCCUGUGUUUGAAUGGAGCACAUCUCCUUACAGAAACUUGUUACACUUAGGCCAUCCAGACCGCUGGGACUUCCCCACUGUGCAUGUCAGAUGGUCAAAAUAGAUCUUCAGGUACACACGGAAUCACUAGUUUAUUAGGUACAUAUCAGUUUAUUGGGCACUCGUUUUCCAUUUUUAGGUGAACUUUGUAGGUUUACAUCUACUGACUACAGUCCAUAGGUUUCUGCACGGUUUAUCAGCCCCCCACUAUCCAUCCAUCAAUGGAUAAGGACUACGACAAGAUCACCUCAGACCCAGAUGUUUUCUAGGGGGUUGCUGGGGUUCUGGACAUUAAUGGGCUAGUUUAUAGAUGCAUCUUGCUUUUACACUUUUAGAGAAUAUAGUUCAUCUUUUCAUGCGGGGCGGGGGACCACACUGUUGUACCCGAUACACUCACACUAGUCUACUCACGCCACCAUGCCUGGUCUGCAGUGGUGCUGUGAUGGUCUUUUUCCAGUGAUGCAUGAGGUGAUGGGUGGCUGAUAAAUUCUACAGAAACAGAUGGGCUACAGUCCAUAACUGUAAACCUACAAACCUAUAAGGUGGAUGUUUUUGAUUAAAUGGCAAAGAAAUGUAGGUAAAGGAUAGAUGGAGCUAAUAAACUGGCAACUUGGUGUUGGUGCUUCACAAAAUGCAAAAACGGCCUACAUAACGCUAAAGAAACAAAUCACUAUACAAUGGGUGUAACUUGCAUUAAUCAGUUUACAUAAAAGCUGUAAAGACUAAUUGUUUUUUUAUGCAUAUUGGCAAUGCAAUUUAAAGAUCACAAAUAUUAUGCAGUUUUUUUUUUGAGAGCUGUUUUUUUUUUGUUUUGUUUCUUUUUUUUAUAUUUUUUGUACUUUUUGUAUCUUGUUUUUUUAAGAUUUAAAGGGAAAAGUUGAUUUGCACAAAGUGAUUCAUGCUGGGCCAUGUAUGUAUGUAUGUAUGUAUGUAUGUAUGUAUGUAUGUAUGUAUGUAUGUAUGCAUGCAUGCAGUGUGUAUAAUUGUGUGGGUUUUUUUUAAUGAUUUUAGGAAAGAAUCUGACCUUGAUUUUGAAAAUAAGUUUGCACAUUUGCACACAUUGUAGUUUUCUUGGUAAAUUUAAAACUAUGUUUUGUUUCCAAUUGUUUAAUUUUGUCGCAACUGAGCUUAAUUUUGCUAAUAAAAUGUGAUAUUUUCAACAAGCAUGCAAA